AAGAGGAAGAAGAAGGGAUCGAUCUGCAUGUUGACGGAUGAAUUUUACAGGAGCGGAUACCGUUAGAACGGCGUCAUGGUGGAAAGAGUGUUCACAGAUCGGAGCGUCACGUCUCGAAAUUCUACCCUUCCUCUCUAUGUCGGUCGUCGUGAUCGUUCGUCGAAAUGUAUUCUUGUCCUCCGAUGCCACCGGCACCCUGCCCACCGGACUGUCCGCCCUCGAAACCGAAGGACGACGAGUCGUCCAAGUACUACCGCGAAAUCGGGACCGAGAUGAUCGGGAAUCGGUUGAUAAUCCGCAUGGAAAGGGAGAAGGGGAAAUCGAGGAAGCUGAAGGACUGGGACCCGCCGUGUGACUGCGACGUGGUGAUACAGAGGCCCACCGGGAAAGAGGGACCGAAGAUAUUAAAAGUCGCUGACAACAAUCAAAUUCUGUUCCGUAUCGAGUCGAGGUCCUCCAUGUCGAAGAAGGAUGGCAACGAGAUGAUGCCUCAAGCCGUCUCUUACGAAGUCGGCCAAUGCAGGGGUGGGCCAAAUACGAACGAUCAGUGUAGGACGGUCACUAUUUAUCCGGUUGCCGACAGUGCGGGUGCUCAGCAAGUGCACACCGAUCGGCUUACGUUGGACGACGAGAACGUGUUCUUGUUAAAAGUGAAGAACAAACCAGAUGCUGACGACAAACCGAGAAAGAACAUAGAGCUCGAGAUGAGGACACCGAAACCGCCGAGUCCAUCGGCUGCACCCACUUCGCUGACUAUGUCUUCGUCCACGAUAAAAUUGUCGGAAUCGGAGAAGGUCGCUCUCGAGGCAGAGGAAGACUGCUUCAAAGCCGGGGCACCGCCGAAGCCGACGAAAAGAGAUAAGAAAAGGAAAAAGAAGAGGAGAUGAAAUUUGCACUUUGCAUAUAUAAAAAAUAUAUAAGUUCGAUCGCGUCGGCAGCAUGGGACGAUCUGUCCUGUCUCCAAACGAAGCCAGCGAAAAUGCGAAGACAGGUCUGCGACGCGUAAGAAUGCACGAGUCACUGUUCGCGUCGUUCGUUCAUCCGCGGUAGGAGCAGCCGUGGCUGAUCGGUUCGUCACGGCCAGAUGAGUUGCCGCCGGUGGUUUCCAUUCUUGAGGAGGGCCAUAGCUUGUCGAUGAACGACGUCUCUCUCCCGGGACCCCGUUCUGCUCAUUCACACCAUCCUCCUAAUUGACUCUGACUCCUACCGUGAUCAUUGUACGCUGUAUUUCGCAGAAGUCUACUAUCCCAUUCAUCCUGGUAACGGAGGUUCACGUUUCUCUGUGAUUACGAAAAGUUCCAAUGAACGUGGCAGUUCCUCGAGUCAGUCACGACUCGUGAUUAUCAUUAUCUAUUUAUUUGGACGAAUUCGAAUCUGGAUCUUCUUCCACAUCGAUUUCCAUCCCUUCGGGUGUGAUGGAAAUUCGUAUACACCGUCUCUCUCUCUGUGUGGUCGACGUCUCUUGAAAAUAAUUCUGACCAAUAAAUCAGACCUGCCGGUAGAUCAACUCGAGGUAGGAAAUGUCACGAUGUACGAAAAACAGCGUGACACGCACGGUCGCGGUGGUAGGUGGAAAGACAGACGUCUUUUCCAGCGGGAAUCGACGGUAAAGAAAAGCCUGCGGUCAGCGGUGAACGAAACGACGAUUGACCAAGAUAUUGUACCUACGUGGGACGAGAGAAGGAUCUCUUCGAGGGAGAAGAAUGAUUCGAGAGACCGAUCGAGUAACGAGGGGACGAUUCUCGCACGGUUUUCACGCCAGUUUUGAGACCUGUCCACCACCUCUGCUCUUCUAACGAUUCUCUCAUCGAGAUCGAACCAAGAAGCCGAGAUCAUCGUUGACGAGUGACGCAAGUUGCAUUAAUCCAAACGACUGAUCGCGAGCACACGGUUUACGUUGUACGUCUUACGACGACGUACAAUUUUCACUGCCACGAGAGAUACCGUGACAAAUGAUCUAAUUCUACCUGAGGUCAUUGUUAAUGCCAUACGCCCGCGAUACCGUUCGCGACCCAACCGGUUACGCCCAUAAUCAUCCUUUCGAGUUGACGUCGAUGGCACCCAUUUUUCAUCGGACGCGAGGUGGCCCUCCCACGACAGUCGAGAUCUCACGAUGUUACCCUGAAAUAUCGUCUUCAUUCGCUGUUCCCUCGUUGUCUGCGUUCAGUAUUUUUUUUCUCUUUUAAUUCCCUGA